AUGAAAUCAGGGAAUAUGUUUUCGGCCAUCUCCCGUAGGCGACCUCAUUUCGAAGAGGCCGUGGCUGCGCAAGGAGAUACGCCAGAAGUUCCCUACGUCAACUGGAGAAAGGAUCCACAGAUGCGAAAGUUGUAUUUCUACGCCGCCAUAAUCUGUGUUGCAUCGGCGACAAAUGGCUAUGACGGGGCCAUGUUCAACUCUCUUCAAAUCAUGCCAUCUUGGCAGAAGACGUUCAACAACCCGACAGGUUCUUCGCUUGGCCGUUUGACAGCCAUGUACUCGAUUGGGAGCGUCGCAUCGCUACCUUUUGCUCCGUUUCUUUCAGACCGCUUUGGCAGGAAGGCUGCUAUCAUUGUUGGAUGCGCUAUCAUGAUCAUCGCUGCCGCAGUGCAAACCUCCGCCCAUGCUCAGCCUCAGUUUGAAGCCGGUCGUUUCUUCAUGGGGUUCGGCAGCUCGCUGGCCCAGCUAGCCUCCCCCUUGCUUUUGACAGAAAUUUGCCAUCCACAGCAUAGGGGGAAGGUGACGGCGAUCUACAAUUGUCUGUUCAACGUUGGGGCACUGUUGAACGCUUGGGUCUCUUUCGGCACCAAUCAUAUUACGAGCAGCUGGUCAUGGCGUAUCCCUACACUGCUGCAAGCGUUGCCCUCGCUCAUCCAAAUCACCUUCAUCUGGUUCUGUCCCGAGUCCCCCCGGUGGCUCAUGUCCAAGGAUCGUCAUGGAGAGGCACUCGAAGUUCUUGGAAAGUAUCAUGCCAGAGGCAAUGUCCAGGAUUCCACUGUUCAAUUUGAAUUCGCCGAAAUCAAGGAGACCCUCCGCCUAGAGUUCCUGUACAAAAAGAGCUCUAGCUAUCUGGACUUUGUUAGGACUCCCGGCAAUCAAUAUCGUCUUGUUCUCAUUGUCUCACUUGGAGUCUUUUCUCAGUGGUCUGGCACUGGCCUAAUUGCCUAUUACUCAGCGAUCAUCUACAAGUCUGUUGGGAUCACGCAGUCGAGUACUCAGCUCGGACUUGAUGGCGGCCUCAGGGGGUUGAAAGUCAUUAUAUCUGUCGCCUGCGCACUUCUAGUCGACCGUGCCGGCCGCCGCCUGCUCUUUUUGGCUGCCACCGGCUCCAUGCUGCUCUUCUUCACCUGCCUCACCAUCACUGGAAACAGAUACAGCAAUGCUCCAUCCGAUACACUGGGUAUUGUCUUUGUCAUUUUCGUUUGGCUUCAUGGCUUGUCGUUCGCGCUUGCUUGGUCUGGUCUUCUGGUAGCCUACACCGUUGAAAUUUUGCCGUUCAAGUUACGGGCCAAAGGCGUUAUGGUGAUGAACUUUUCCCUCCAGUGUGCGCUCGUCGUGAACAAUUACGUGAACCCGCUCGCGAUCAGUAGUGGUAAGCCUUGGCAGCAUGACCCCUGGAAGCUAUACGCUAUCUACACAGCGUGGCUCCUCUUCGAAUUUAUCUUUGUUUACUUCGUUUAUCCUGAGACUCGGUUUGUUACUCCUUCGCUCUUACUCAGCGCUGAAUACUAUCUAAUGAUUGGCAGUGGUCCGACUCUUGAAGAAAUCGCUAAGAUCUUCGACGGGGAGAAUGUGGACGACGAUACUGCUAAAGCCAAGAGUGCAGAUGGGUUGAGCUGUUGCAUGUCACCAUCCUUCAAUGUUGUUUCUGACAAAGAAAAGCCUACUCGUGCCGAAGUUUUUCAUGCUGGCUAG